AGCGUCUGUCGCCUCAUAACAUAAGCUUGCUAAUUUAGUUCUUCUUAAACCGUAGAGCAGUGAGACACGCCAAAGCAGUUGUUCGAAAUGCGUAUUGCAGUUAUUGGUGGCGGCGUAAGUGGCAUCUCCUCGGCCGUGCAGAUUUUGGAGUAUUUGAAAUCAACCGGCUCACCAGCGGAUGUAACUGUGCUCUCUGAGGCUUUGACGCCAAAUACCACCGGAGAUGGCUCAGCUGGUCUCUGGGCUCCUUAUUUACUGAGCGGCACGCCCAAGGCGCGAGUACACCGCUGGUCAAAACAAAUGUAUGAUUUUCUCAAGCAAAUCUGGUUGUCUGAAGACGCUGGUGAGGCAGGUGUCUGCCUAUUACCUUUCCUAUGGUUGACAACAACAACGACAACAAUGCAUGAUGUUUUGUGGAAGGAUAUUGCUUACAGUUGUCGGAGGCUUACACAAAAAGAACUGGAUGGGCUAAAUAAAGGAAAAGAAAGGAAAUAUACUGAUGGCAUAGAGUUCAUUACCUACACCUCUGAGCCGACCAAGCUUUUACCUUAUUUGAUGAAGCGUUUCCAAGCGAACGGUGGCAAAAUUGUACAACAAAAAAUCGCCAAUUUGGAGGAUUUCAUAACGAGUUCCGAAUACGAUGUUAUUAUUAACUGCACUGGUUUGGGUUCACGUGAAUGUGUUAAAGAUAACGGCAUGUUUUCGAUCCGUGGACAAGUUUCACGCGUUAAGGCAAAUUGGCUGUACCAUGGGCUGAUAGAUGAGAGUGAUGAUGGCAAUUACAUUAUACCAAAUUGUGAAUCGGUCAUUUUGGGAGGCACUCAUCAAGAAAACGACUACAACACAAAAGUAUGUCCGAAUGACAAAGCAUUCAUUAUAAAUGGUUGUCAAAAAAUUGUGCCUGGUCUGGAGAAUGCGCAACAUCUAUACGAUUGGGUGGGCCUACGACCAGGCCGUGACUCAUUGCGUUUGGAAGCGGAGAAAGGAGGCAAAAAAAUCGUUAUACAUAACUACGGACACGGCGGCAGUGGUGUUACCUUGGCUUGGGGUUGUGCCGAUGAAGUGCUGGAACUGCUGAAACAUGAAUUGCAAGCGCGCAAUUUUUUAAAAUCGAAAUUAUAAAAGAUCCUUAUUAAAAGUAAUGUGAAAUGUGUUUGCAAAUAUUGACACGUUAUCCUUUUUUACUGUUUAAUAAAUUUGCAAGAUAUUCAAUUUUAAUAUAAAAUAA